CCGGCUCCUGGAGCGUCCGCGUGAGUUUGAGCAAGUGCUUCAGAGCCCUCUCCUGUAGGGAGCUGGCGAAGUCAGGGGAGUUGUCCUGGGAAUCGGGGUGCCUCGACAGACCCGCGGGGCCCCGCAGAGAGUGAUUUGGCUUGGAAUUAAAUGAAGUAGCCCUUGACCUCAAAGAAUUCUACUCUCUUUCACAAACAACAACAACACCGAAGAUUGUAUCUGUGAUUAUUGGAGAAGCCUACUGUAAACACUGUAAAUUUUUCUUGCAUAAGCCAGAGUCCUGCAGUUAUCCUGACAUCAGUUCCAGACUGUUGACCCCUGGACAACAGCUCAACUAUAUGAAAUCAUGGCCGGUUAUAAACCUGUAGCGAUUCAGACAUAUCCUGUACUUGGUGAAAAAAUCACCCAAGACACUCUGUACUGGAGCAAUUAUAGGACUCCUGUUCAGAUUAAGGAAUUUGGUGCAGUGUCCAAAGUACACUUUUCUCCUCAGCCUCCAUAUAACUACGCAGUCACAGCUUCUACGAGAAUCCACAUUUAUGGCCGGUACUCUCAAGAACCCAUAAAAACCUUUUCCCGCUUUAAGGACACAGCAUACUGUGCGACUUUUCGACAGGAUGGUCAGUUGCUCGUGGCUGGCAGUGAAGAUGGUGUUGUUCAGCUUUUUGAUAUCAGUGGGAGGGCUCCCCUCAGGCAGUUUGAAGGCCAUACAAAAGCAGUUCAUACGGUAGAUUUUACAGCUGACAAAUAUCAUGUGGUCUCUGGAGCUGAUGAUUAUACAGUUAAAUUAUGGGAUAUUCCAAACUCCAAAGAAAUUCUGACAUUCAAAGAGCAUUCUGAUUAUGUGAGGUGUGGCUGUGCUAGCAAACUGAACCCAGACCUUUUUGUAACAGGGUCAUAUGACCACACUGUGAAGAUGUUUGAUGCCCGGACAAAUAAAAAUGUUCUCUGUGUCGAGCAUGGGCAGCCAGUGGAGAGUGUCCUGCUUUUCCCCUCUGGAGGUCUUCUGGUGUCUUCAGGCGGUCGUUACGUCAAAGUCUGGGACAUGUUAAAAGGAGGACAGUUGCUCGUGUCCUUGAAGAAUCAUCAUAAGACUGUGACAUGCUUGUGUCUGAGCAGCUCUGGACAGAGGUUGCUCUCCGGCUCACUGGACAGGAAAGUCAAGGUCUACAGCACAACUUCCUACAAGGUCGUCCACAGCUUUGACUACACAGCUUCCAUCUUGAGUCUGGCACUUUCUCAUGAAGAUGAGACGAUAGUUGUGGGGAUGGCCAAUGGAAUACUGAGCGUUAAACACCGGAAGUCAGAGUCAAAGAAGGAGUCUCUCCCGAGAAGGAGGCCUGCUUAUCGAACCUUUAUUAAAGGAAAGAUUUACAUGAAGCAACAGGAUGACAUCAUGAUCAACAGACCAGCAAAGAAGCACCUAGAAUGGUAUGACAGGGACCUGAAAAGUUUCCGAAUAUCAAAGGCACUUGACAGAGUCCUUGAGCCUAAUUGUGUAAUAAAGACGCCCGAGGUUACAGUUUCCAUCAUAAAGGAAUUGAAUCGGAGAGGAGUCCUUGCCAAUGCUCUUGCAGGUCGGGAUGAGAAGGAGAUUACCCGGGUUCUGAACUUUUUGAUAAGGAAUCUGUCUCAGCCGAGAUUUGCCCCUGUUUUGAUUCGCGCUGCUGAGAUAAUCAUUGAUAUAUAUCUGCCUGUGAUUGGCCAGUCACCCAUAGUUGAUAAAAAGUUCAUAGUACUUCAAGGACUCGUAGAAAAAGAAAUCGAUUACCAAAGAGAACUCCUGGAAACCUUGGGGAUGAUGGACAUGCUGUUUGCCACCAUGACGAGGAACGACAGCGCCCCUGUGGCAGAGCACGUGCCUGCUGAACUCCCAGAGGAGAAGACAACAGAGUCACCCUGUCAGCACGCUGACGCGGACAAGAGCUCCUAACUGGGAGUUGUUUGACUCUUAAUCGCUAAGAAGACGGCAUCUUCAAGACAUUCAAAGAGAUAAUUUACAGUUUUAUGGAAGAGACUGGAUUAAUUAUAAUUGGGAAAUAAGUACCUGUUUGAAGACAUGGUUUUCCAUGUAUUAAUUUGAUUGAUUUUGUGGCGUCUUCUGCUGGAAGAUCUUAGGUGUUUCGGUCACAGUGUCUGUCGACCCUGGAUGAGUUGAUACUGAUUUUAAUGGAAUCAAACCUUGGUUGCUGUGGGGCCUCGUGGGGCAGAGUCCUUCCAAGGGAACAGUAUCUUGGUUUUUGUUUUUGUUUCUACUUCUAGCCUGGGAAAUAUCAAGAACAAACAGCAACAGCAGAACCUCUUUCUCUGUAUGCAGUGCCCCUGAGAACUUUGGUCCCUUUUGCUGUAAUCUUUGAAGUCCUGAGUCACACAUUCUCCCCAGCUGCUGUGGGACUGUCUUCCAAGUGUGGCGGAUCAGAGACUUUUCUCCUGGAAGCAUAGUUGGUGUGUUGUAGUCCUUGCUCACCUAUGGAGUGUGCCCUUCACGGUGUUGUCUUUAGUCCGCUUAUCAGGACAAAGUCCAGAGCAAUCUGACUGAACCAGUCCCUCCUAAUGUGCUGCCUUCCCUCCAGCUUCACCUGCCUCAGACUGUGAGAAGGCUGUCCUGCCCUCACGGGAACGGCCCGUCAGCCUGUGCAUAUGUUCCGAGUGGGUCUGUGUGUGUGGCCCUCCAGAACAGUUCUCUUUCCUGUACCUGCUCUUAUUUUUCUCUGUUCUUUAUGUUGUGGGUCUGAGCCUUAAAUAGGAGCAGUUUGCUUUGAAAAAUUGUGGUUUUGAAGUUCAUUGUAAACCUUAUUUUUUUAUAAAAAGAUUCUUUUCUUCUUCUUGACUUUCUGAGGUGUGUCAAUUCCGGAUGGCCAGUCAGUGACUUGUGACCAGCAUACUGGUUCACAGCCAUUACUUCCCCCCCCCCCCCUUCUUCAGCUACCCUACUUAGGUUAGUAUGUGUUUGGUGACGGCAUCCUGAGCUGAAGGAGCACUUGGGGAAAGAUCUUGUGAUGAGUGCUCAUAAUCUCAGUUUUAUAAACUUAGAUUCCUUAAGGCGGAAGUGGGGAUAUGCCUGGAAUGUUCUGGUGUUUAUGUUCAACUGUAGGGUGUAUAGGUUCCCUUUGGUGCGCUGAAUCAGUUCUACAGUGUGGUGUCUUGUGUGAACCUGGAGUUUGCCUUUUUGAGUAGUUACAUUUGUCACAAAUGAGAGCUUGUGCUUUAAGGUCGAAAGGGUUGACUUAAGCACAACCAUUUAAGUAAGUCUUCCUAAGUGUGCAAGGUUUGCACUACAGUUAGGAUUCUACCUGGAGCUGCUGUCCCUGUGCAGCUCUGGAGGAUUUCCUGGCUAUUGCUUCAUUUGUUCUCGUCACAACCGUCUAAGUGUCAGAUCAUUCUCUUUUAACAGUGAAUUAGUUCAAGUCACUCAGUUCCCCAAGCUUGAGUUCCUUAUCAUCCCUACUCUGGGCUCGCCCACUGGGGACUCGAUCCCUUUGAGACUGCUGCAACUCUUGUGUAAUGUCUAUAGUGAUCACAAACCCUUACGACUAGGAAACAUUCCCACAAUCCUCAGUGCAGUUAUGUUCAGGAGGUUUUGUUUGUUUUGUUUUUUUGAGACAGGCUUUCUCUGGUUAUCCCUGGCUGUCCUGGAACUCACUCUGUCACCAGGCUGGCCUUAAACUCACAGAGAUCCAUACCUCUGCCUCCCAAAUGUUGGGAUUAAAGAUGUGUGCUACCACACCCAAUUUAGGGGUUGUUUUUAUAUUCAUUAAAACUAUUACUUGCUAUAUGAAGUGUUUUAACAUAAUUGACAUAUUUCAAUAUGUAAUGUUGGCCUUAGGAGUCAAAUGCCUAAUGAAUUCUUAGACUUGUGCUGCUUAGUUGGGAAGUUUUUGAUGGUUUACCAUGGAUGCAAAAAUAAUGAAAUAUUGUUGAGAAUUCAUUUAUGUUUAAUUUAUUAUUUAACUCAGACUUAAACAUAUGAGAAGGUUUGUUUGUUUUGAGUCAGAUUUCUCAAAUGCCUGUGCUGUUAAAUUUUUAAGGAAUCAGUGUCAAAUGGGAUGGUGAGAAACUCCACUGACUGAAGUGAAAUGAAUUCUGCCAACCAUUAAAGACUCCCUCGAAUGAGGUUAUUAAAAUGGAGUAGUUUUCUCGGUGGGAUACUUCUAAGUUAAACAUUUAAAAAAAGUUUGAAUAUGCCUAACGUUAAUAAAUGACCGUUGAAUAGUGUUAUCUUUGAACAAAGUACCCCUGAGAAACUGAACCCCAUUUGCUGGCAGAUAUUGUUAUCUAUUCCUAUGCCAUCUAUUCCUGUAGCCAUGGUGCCUGGGCCAGGGCUGGUAUAUCCGACUCAGGCUGUGUCUACAAAUUCAGAUUUACCAUGAAAUUGUUCUUCUAGGUCAGAACAAUUUGGUUCUCAACCUGUGGGUCUCACACCCUUUGGCAAACUUCUGUCUCAAAAAAUUUUCACAUUAAGAUUCAGAACAGUAGCAAAAUUACAGUUACAGAUAGUAAUGAAAUCAUUUUCUGAUUGGAGUCACCAUGAGGAACUGUAUCAAAGGGCUGCAGCAUUAGGAAUGUUGAGAACCACUGCUCUAGGGAGAUGUGGGAGGCUGGGAAUGCUGUGUUGGGGUCUUCAGUAGAGAAAGCCCUUUCCAGAAUGCAUCUUACAUGCAGAGAAAAUAAAGUCAGUGACUGUCCCGCCUCACCAGAUAGAAGUGCUUACUUCCUGCCGGCUUUCUCUCCCCUUUAUCUUGUCUGUACUUCUUCCUUCUCCAUGAAGUUCCUUUGGAACUCUCAAUAAAUUUUAUUUUUCUUACUGCC